AUGUCGCGCCACAGCAAACUCCAGAAGCAGGUGCUGUCUUUGUACCGGCAGUUCCUUCGUGCCGGAAAGGCCAAACCAGGAUUCGUCCCAAGAAUCAAAGACGAAUUCAAAGAAAACUCCAAAAUAAAGAGAUCAGACGUGAUGCACAUAGAGUAUCUGUUCAGGAGAGGACAGAGGCAACUGGAACAACUCAAAGACCACAACACCAAACAACUGGGAACUUUUUCCAAGAACACUCAAGAAAGCUGA